AUGUCCUCACGCUUGACUUGCUUCUGCCGCGUCCCUUUGUAUUCGAGGCGAUUCAUGAGCGCCUCCAUUGACAGAGAACAUGCCUCUACUCUCUCCUUGUCUUCGCACCUUGCCACACUCUCAUCAGAUGUCUCGAAAAGCUCUGAAACUUCUUCGGUGCAAAAAGUCCGACGGCACCAGAGCCAAUUGUCAGCAAGCGACAUGCUUUCGGAAACUUCAACUGAUUCGGUCAAGUGGGGAGAUGACGAACGAGGAGGACCCAGAACUUUGCAGCAACUGAAGCUGCGGGUACUCGCUCGAAACGAUCACUUCGUGGUGCUGAACAAGGGGCCGGACGAGCGGAUGGACGGCGCCUUUGAUGUGACGUUGGAAAAGGCGCUAGCGCGAGACUUUCCAGAGGUGGAAAAGUUUCGGUGGAUCCACCAAUUGGACUUUGCAACAUCGGGUGUACUUUUAGUCGGGAUUACGAAAGAAGCUACUGCUGCGUGUUGCCGACUGUUUCGCGAGAAGAAGGUGCAAAAAGAGUAUCUGGCGGUGGUGCGUGGUCAUCUGCCGCACAAUCCAUUCGACAGUGUGGAUAGGGUCGGAGCGCCUGCGAAAGCCUGCACAUUUUCGAAGCUAGGCUUGUUAAUCCAAGAUAUGGAGGAGAUGGAAAGACUUCGAAGUCAACAGCGUGGUUCGCGGCUGCAUCAGAAAAUGUCCGGAUAUCCACGUGGAGCCCGCAAUGGACCUAAUUUGUUUACAAUGGAGCAGGCUCGGCUCCUACGCGAAAGUCAGAAACGGGAUAUUGCAGGAGCCCAUUCUCGUGCAUUGACUCCGACAGAGCUUGCUUUUACCAAGAUGGCAUGGACUGACCUGACAAAGGAGGAAAAGGAUGCGUAUACUGAAAAGGCCAAGACAGAUAAGCAGCGCUUUCUGUGCGAGCUCAAUGCGUUUCUUAGCAAGGAAAAAGCCCGACUUGCUCGUCAGCGUGCAUACGAGAGUCAUGAUAGCAGUGACAAAGCUGACGAGCCUGUUGCUUACGUUUUUGACGCGCCGAUUGUUGAGCCACAUCGGAGUCGUAAAGUGUUUCGCAUGCAGGUGGGCAGUGAGACCGACACAUCUGCUAAACAGUCGACCACGGUUGCUUUUGUCUUGGGCCAUGCUAUGUACAGGGGUCAACCGGUCACGAAGGUGUUGUUGCGUCCACUCAAUGGUCGUCGGCACCAGUUGCGACUGCACCUUGCGCAUCAUGGCUUUCCGAUUGCUGGGGAUGUCACAUAUGGCUCACAGGAAGACGAGGCACCGCGAAUGAUGCUUCAUGCUUGGAGGAUUUGGCUCCGGGAACACCUGGCAGAGAAGAAGGACUAUGGUGAUCUGUAUUUUGCAAGUCCAGAUCCGUUUAAAGUUAUGGUGCCAAGUGAACAUGAAGUCAGCACGAUAACGUACUCGAAGCGCAAGCAGGUAGAAGGAUGCGACGGAUAG